UACCUUGCUAGCAUUAUAAUGCUGCUUUAGCAUUAGCGCUACAGCUAACAGCCAAGUUACUGUCGCUAAUGUUACGGUAGAUAGUAUCAGUUAUGUGUGUAAAUAAAUACCAUGGACCUAUUAUAGAGAAAGGACAGUGGACUAAUACGUAGCCGCCCAUUCAUUCCUAUAAAUACACACACUGUAAGUCGAGUGUGCAUCUCAGCAAGCCAGGGGCAUCACACGAGAAUGGGCACAAUUCAACAAAGGGGCUGCAGGCACUUAUCUCUACUGCUUGGAUACCAAGGGAAUGCAAUGUUUAACAAUGUCUGCUCAUACUAACAACAAACGAAUACAACUGUAUUCUACCGGCCACUGGACCACAGUAGUUCUAACGUUUUACUGAUGAGGAGAUUGACCUGUUAAACUCAUCCUAAAUACAUAUGGUGCGUUCCAGGUAACCCGUGUUUUCGCCCCCUUCUACCCUCUUGUACUCCCAGAUAUAACUGGUUAUUAACGGGCAAAAAAGUGUACCUGAAACGCACUAUUAUUCUGAUUCAAAUCAAAGGGUUAUUAGCCGAUUUCGGCGGAGCUUGAUGUCAUGGUAUUGGGUUGUUGAGAUUAACUAUAAAAUAUGUAAACAAAUCAAGGAUGUAAUAUCAUUUCAUAGAUCUCAUUUUAAGUAUUAGGCUAAUGUAAUUCACUAAACAUGCUUCUCUUGUAUCUUCUUACAACUUGCACCUGGAAUACAUACAAAGUAAAAAAUUGAGUACUGAUUUUUCUUUGUUCUCUCUACGCAGGCCAGCUCAUCAAGUGCUUACAUUCAGCAGCUUCUCUCAAGGGAUGUUGCCUGCCAGACAGAAAACCUGGAAACGCAUAUUUGUAGGCACAAAGCUGUCCUUAAAGUCUAUGCAGCCCCAUUUUAAAAGUGAAGAAGACUGCGAUGCCUUUGGAGACCGUAGCACUCAGCGUGGCGCCACAUCAGAGAGCCUGGGUGUUGUCGCCCCUGGCUCCUCCUCCCACAUGUCCAGUCACAGCGAGGAACUGGUGCAGACCCCAGACACCAUUUCAAUCAAGCUUGAAGAGGAUAUUGGUUGAGGCUUGCCCGCUGGAGAAGACUGUGAUGCCUUUGGAGACCGUAGCAAUCAUCACAACGCCACCUCAGAGAGUCUGGGUGUGGACACACCUGGCUCCUCCCAGAUGUCCAGUCACUGCAAGGAGCUGAAGAUUCUGAGCGUCUACGGAAAAGGGGAGGACCCACUGGCGGUGGACGACCAUGACACCCUCUUCACCAGGUCUGAAGUGGAGGCCCUGAACUCGCUGUCUGCGGACCACAGCGUGGCCAAGAGCCUGGAGCGCGGCGAGCGGCUCGUCUGCCGCGAGGAGCUGAGUGUGCAGCAGACCACAGACACCAUUUCAAUCAAGGUUGAAGAGGAUAUUGGUGGAGGCUUGCCCGCUGUAGAAGACUGCGAUGCCUUUGGAGACCGUAGCACUCAUCAGAACACCACCUCAGACAGUCUGGGUGUGGACGCACCUGGCUCCUCCCUCAUGUCCAGUCACAGCGAGGAACUGAAGAUUCUGAGCGUCUACGGAAAAGGGGAGGGCCCACUGGCGACGGACGGCCAUGACACCCUCUUCACCGCGUCAGAAGUGGAGGCCCUGAACUCGCUGUCUGCAGACCACAGCGUGGCCAAGAGCCUGGAGCGCGGCGAGCGUCUGGUCUGCCACGAGGAGCUGAGUGUGCAGCAGACCCCAGACACCAUUUCAAUCAAGGUUGAAGAGGAUAUUGGUGGAGGCAUGCCUGCUGUAGACUGCAAAGCCUUUGGAGACCGUAGCACGCAGCAUGGCUCCACGGAGAGUCUGGGUGUGGACGCCCCUGGCUCCUCCCACAUGUCCAGUCACAGCGGGGAGCUGAAGAGCCUGAGCGUCUACGGUAAAGGGGAGGGCCCACUGGCGACGGACGGCCAUGACACCCUCUUCACCGCGUCAGAAGUGGAGGCCCUGAAUUCGCUGUCUGCGGACCACAGCGUGGCCAAGAGCCUGGAGCGCGGCGAGCGGCUGGUCUGCCACGAGGAGCUGAGUGUGCAGCCGGGGACCCCAGACACCAUUUCAAUCAAGGUUGAAGAGGAUAUUGGUGGAGGCAUGCCCGCUGUAGGUUAGUAAUACACAUUGCAUCCAUGCAAGCAAACUGACCUACCAACUGAGAAUGUACUCGAUUCUAACUGCGCUGGUCCUCUUUUGAAAAGCAUCAUGACCGUCACCCUGCUAAAACACAAGGACUACUAUACAGUUUAUAGUAGAAUGAUUUACAUCUUCUUCAUGACAGGUGUCAGGAAUGCUGAAUCCGCUCUGAUUCCCAGUAUAACUACAGUAUUGGUAAAGCAGGUGAUCGGAAACCACAGAUGACCUGGGUUGUGUCUUUAUGACCUCCCCACAUCCUUAAAAGGCGGAGACGUAGUGGUGCCUUCUCAGCUGACGCCUUUGACCCUUGACCCCCCCCCAAGGGGAACAAGGGAAAUGCAUAAUAAACAAAAAGACGUUAGAAAGAAAGAAUGUAAAAAUAUGCUUCUUCCAAUACACCAGUGUGUAAAAGUACAUGCUGUAUC